AUGGCCCCGUGCCACUCCACUCCACUCUCUCCAAAAGCGUUCUCGUACACAGAGGACUUCGAAGAAGGGGAAUUAGUGGAGGCUUACUCCUUUGGAGAUGGCCAGUUUGUCCUAGGCAUGCCGAUCACAGGACAAGGCCCUGAUAUCACCUUCAGCCUCUACAAGACCAUGGACUCACUCGAAAUCAUAAUCCACGAUGUCGACCUCGUGCUUUGGCUACGCGGUAUUCCUUCGCUGCGCAGCUGUCUUCAAAGUGACGCCGACACUAUAUACUCGAAUCCCAUAGAGAACUUCCUGCCCAUUCUCCCAGGAUUGGGUGCCAACUUGGUCCCCUGCGCGAUAAGCAUGGAUAUACUACUGCCCCGCUAUCCGGAACUGAGCGCCAAGUUCUCCAAAUACGAAAGUCGUGGGCUUAUUUUCGACGCCCUGGAUUUGUUCGUCCGUCAUUUCCUUCGACAGCGCUCAAUCUUCGAGGCAUUCGGCCUUGAGAAUUUCCGUCAACGUCAAGUCUUCACCGAGAUACACGUCCAUGACAUACGCGAACAAAGCCGAAACAGCAGGUUCGCCGAAGACCUUGACCGUUUGGACGAGUUGAUCAGCGAGAUUGAUGACAUGAGGGAGCUGGACGAGUCUCCCGUGCCCGUCGUGAUCGUCGUUCCCGCAUCUCCCAUCGAGCAACUGAAGCAAGGACCAGGCCAGACCCUCCAUUUUAUUGAGGCCUCCAUCAAGUCCAAUCUCAAAAACGCAAUCGCAGCGCGCAAAUCUUGUGCCGUGCCCGAGAUCCUCGCCGCGGCGACUGGGCUCGUUGAUGCCGAGACGUUGUGCCACGCGAUACACUUCUACGACCAGGCCCACGGCGCCGAGAUUGACGGUACCGAUUGCACGGACGGACCUCUAUGUGCAGCGGCAUACGCUGGUGAAAUGGAGGCAGUUCGGCAGCUUGUCGAUUACGGCGCCCACGUCCAAAGAGAACGGUCUUUUUCCGGCACGACGCCCUUGGAAGGCGCAAUCAAUGGCGGAAAUCUCGAAAUUGUUCGAUACCUCGUCGAAAAUGGCGCAAAUGUCAAUGAUGACCGCCAGCCGUUCCGCCUGUGCGGAAAGACCCCGCUGGCUCAGGCGUUCAACCUUGGUCGCGCAGAUAUUGCUAGCUAUCUGGUCAGCGCCGGGGCGGACUUGUCCCCAAUCUUGUCGCAGAUUGUAACAGUCGACUAG